GCGCUGCCAAGCCGUAAGCCCACAUCAUGGAUGGCGAGCUCUCAGGUUUCGCCUGGCUCGCCCUGGCAUCCCAGAACCCGGACGACCAGCGGGAUCCAUGAGCCGCUCUCAGGGGCCAGGGCAGGGGCCUCUGGCUCCCAAAGCUGGCCAAGAGGUGGGUCCCGGGGCGGGUCGCUGCUCCCGAGGCCGGGCGGGGACGCUCUGCCCCCGCCCUGCCUCCCUGUGGUCCACACCCCCUUCGGGCUCAGCAGCCUGCCGGCUGGGAUAACGCGAGGUGAGCGCGAGCCGGCGCUGCCAGCCCCGCUACUGCUUGGGGUUCGGGUCCCAGGUUCCGGGGACGGGGCACCCGAGUCCUCCUCGCCUGCCCCUCCUCCCUGUUCACCUGCCCGGCUCGUCCACUCGCCUUCAAGGCCAGCGGCUCCAGCCCAGACGGAGAGGGGCCAGCAGGGGGAGAGCGCACCUGAGGAUACACAGCUGGUUCUGCCCUGCCUUUUCACCCCUAGGUGAUGAGUGAGGCCAGGAGAACGCAAGAUUUAAAAAGCAACCGGGGCCUCCGUAUUGAAUGAAAGACCCAGAGCAAAGGCAUCACCAUGAACACGAGCAUUCCUUACCAGCAGAAUCCUUACAAACCCCGGGGCAGCUCCAAUGUCAUCCAGUGCUACCGCUGUGGAGACACCUGCAAAGGGGAAGUGGUCCGCGUCCACAACAACCACUUCCACAUCAGGUGUUUCACCUGUCAAGUGUGUGGUUGCGGCCUGGCCCAGUCGGGCUUCUUCUUCAAGAACCAGGAGUACAUCUGCACCCAGGACUACCAGCAGCUCUACGGCACCCGCUGUGACAGCUGCCGGGACUUCAUCACGGGGGAGGUCAUCUCCGCUCUGGGCCGCACCUACCACCCUAAGUGCUUCGUAUGCAGCUUGUGCAGGAAGCCUUUCCCUAUUGGAGAUAAGGUGACCUUCAGUGGUAAAGAAUGUGUAUGCCAGACAUGCUCCCAGUCCAUGACCAGCAGUAAGCCAAUCAAGAUCCGUGGACCAAGCCACUGUGCUGGGUGCAAAGAGGAGAUUAAACAUGGCCAGUCACUCCUGGCACUGGACAAGCAGUGGCAUGUCAGCUGUUUCAAAUGCCAGACCUGUAGUGUCAUCCUGACGGGGGAGUACAUUAGCAAGGAUGGUGUUCCAUACUGCGAGUCUGACUACCACUCCCAGUUUGGCAUUAAAUGUGAGACAUGUGACCGGUACAUCAGUGGCAGGGUCUUGGAGGCAGGAGGGAAACACUACCACCCUACCUGUGCCAGAUGUGUACGCUGCCACCAGAUGUUCACUGAAGGGGAGGAGAUGUAUCUCACAGGUUCUGAGGUUUGGCACCCAAUCUGCAAGCAGGCAGCCAGGGCAGAGAAGAAGCUCAAGCAUCGACGGACAUCUGAAACUUCCAUCUCACCCCCGGGAUCCAGCAUUGGGUCCCCUAACCGAGUCAUCUGCGCUAAAGUGGAUAAUGAGAUCCUUAAUUACAAAGACCUGGCAGCUCUCCCCAAGGUUAAGUCCAUCUACGAGGUGCAACGCCCUGACCUCAUUUCCUACGAGCCUCAUUCCAGAUACACCUCCGACGAGAUGCUGGAGAGAUGUGGCUAUGGAGAGUCGCUGGGAACAUUAUCUCCUUACUCCCAGGACAUCUAUGAGAACCUGGACCUCCGGCAGAGACGGGCCUCCAGCCCGGGAUACAUCGAUUCCCCCACCUACAGUCGGCAAGGCAUGUCUCCGACCUUCUCCCGUUCACCUCAUCACUACUACCGUUCAGGGCCUGAGAGUGGCCGGAGUUCUCCAUACCAUAGCCAGUUAGAUGUGAGGUCCUCCACUCCAACCUCUUACCAGGCUCCCAAGCACUUUCACAUCCCAGCUGGAGAAAGUAACAUCUACCGAAAACCCCCGAUCUACAAACGACAUGGUGAUUUGUCCACAGCAACCAAGAGCAAAACAAGUGAAGACAUCAGCCAGGCCUCCAAGUAUAGUCCAGCCUACUCACCAGACCCCUACUAUGCUUCGGAGUCCGAGUACUGGACCUACCAUGGGUCCCCCAAAGUACCCCGAGCCAGAAGGUUCUCGUCUGGAGGAGAGGAAGAGGAUUUUGACCGCAGCAUGCACAAGCUCCAGAGUGGGAUUGGCCGGCUGAUUCUGAAGGAAGAAAUGAAGGCACGGUCUAGCUCCUAUGCAGACCCUUGGACCCCUCCACGGAGCUCCACCAGCAGCCGGGAGGCCCUGCACACCACUGGCUAUGAGAUGUCCCUCAAUGGCUCCCCUCGUUCUCACUACCUGGCUGACAGCGAUCCCCUCAUCUCCAAAUCUGCCUCACUGCCUGCCUACAGGAGAAAUGGGCUGCACAGGACACCCAGCGCAGACCUCUUCCACUACGACAGCAUGAACGCGGUCAACUGGGGCAUGCGAGAGUACAAGAUCUACCCGUAUGAGCUGCUACUGGUAACAACAAGAGGAAGAAAUCGACUGCCAAAGGAUGUGGACCGGACUCGCUUAGAGCGCCACCUGUCCCAGGAGGAGUUCUACCAAGUCUUUGGCAUGACCAUCUCAGAGUUCGAGAGGCUCGCCCUCUGGAAGCGGAAUGAACUGAAGAAGCAAGCCCGGCUGUUCUAGGCGGAGGCUCUAUACAUAUAGAUGCAUUUAUAUAAAGAUGUAUGUAAAUCUCUAUCCUGACACUGACGCGCGCUAUAAUCAAAUCCUCUUGUAUAAUGGGACACAACAUACUGCCUGCCAUGAGACUUGCUUUUCUGUACUGUCAGGCAAACCCACAUCAUCGAGGUAUUUUUAUGCUCCUUACUUCUCUUUUCUAAGUACUGUGGGAUCUGGGAAGGGAUUUGAAGGGACUCCAUCCUUUUACUGGGGAUCCUUUUUAUACCGAAACAUCUGUCCCACCUCGAGUCCCCAAGGUCCAACUAACUCUCCUUUUAAAAGGUGCCUGGAAGAGUCUCUGCUCCCUGCUUCAGGACCUUCCCCUAGUCCCCAGGGCUGAUGCUGGCCAUGCAGUGUUCACAUACCAUGGUCACAGAUGGGCCCUCCAGUGGAAGGUCCACGGUGAUCUAUCCAAAUCAGUGAGCGCCUUUGAGGCCUUGCGAAGAAUUUUCUCCACACCUCCAAAUAGGAGCUAAGUGCUCUGUGGAGUGAUGCAGUUAGAUCUGUGGGCCUCAAAUCCAUUCCUUACAUUAGUACAGAGUGGAUGGGCCCUGGCCUCUCCUCAGCACAGCACCCCUCCUCCUUCUACCCCUGGUCCUGACCACUCCCUCAUGCAAAUCUAGAAUUCAUGAUAGGAAAAGGAAAAAGGCAUUUCCCUUCUCUCUACCACCCCCACUGGCUCCUCUCCCUGCCCCGCAGCGGUCCCAGCACACACACCCCACCCUUCCCCGUUUCUAGGAGAGGCCAUUGUUGCAGCCUGUACUCUUAGCCUUAUUACAAUCUAUGUGCCUGAUGAUCUACACACCACAGGGCUAACGAUCCCACCAUAGCUCCAGCGAGCAUCCAAGACAGACACACUCACCACCCUGUGCAGGGAGACUAGACCACACCCCAAAGAAAAAUCUUGGCCUAUGCUACUGGUCCCUAGAUAGCAAUGCAUCCAUAUUGGACCCCCACCCAUCCCGCCCCGGGGCCUGCUACAACAUUGGUUGCAUCUCACAGGGGAAGCUUUCAGAAGCAUAAGGUGUUGAGGGGAUUCCAGAGUGAGGCAUUGACCAACACUGCCCAUGCUUUACCCCGGUGGCCUCAGGGACUGGACUCUCCUGCUUUCUGCAGCGGGUGAAAACAGAACCUUCUCUCACCCCUACCACAGUGCUGAGCUGUUGACUGGUGGCCGCUCUUCCCUCUUGGAGAUGCCUGCGGCACACUAUUUGUGUGAGGAGGGGGUGGGGGUCACAGAGGCAAGAUGGAGAAGUUUAAAAGGACAGUUACGAUGCUCAAAAGGCUGGUGAUGUGGCAUGGCAAGUGUAGAACUGACUUCAGCAAACCCUUCCUGAGCACCUGUUGAAUGCUGAGCACUGAGUGGGGGAGGGGGAGGGGCACUGGGAUGACUCAAAGAGGGCCCUAGUUUCAGGGGCAUGCCUAGUAAUAGGAGACCUGGUAAGACACGUACCAGAUAUAACGGAUGCAAGGCAGAAAGUGAUGGACAGAGGCCUGAGAAAGGAUGUGUGAUGUCGCCGAAGGUGUAUGCAGCUGGGGCAGACCAAGGAAGCUUCUAGAAGAGAUUGCAUGCGAGCAAGAUCAGGAAGGAUCCGAGGAAUCUGCAAGUUGGAAGGGUGACAGGGUGGAGGACCUAGAAAGGAAGUCUAACACGCUCUCAUUUAAAAUGUCACCUCCCUGAAACUUCUCUUUUUUGGCCAAUGUCUUUCAACUUUCCUGACCCAUUAGAAAUGUCCCCAGACAGAUGCAAUCAUUGAAACUGCCUCAUCGUCACUGGUUAAUGACUUGGGAGAUUGAAGGGCUUUUGUUAUUGUUGUUGGAUAUUUUUGUUUCCCAUAAAAGCACAUCAUUUCAACCCAAA